AAAUUUCAUCGUUCAUUGAAAUUGAAUGGAAAAAACUCAAAAAGUAAAGAAACCAGAUGCAAACACAACGCAUUUAUUAAACGGCAUCAUGGCAUGGCUUAGGCUUAGUAAGAGCGUUUUUAUUACUAGCUAUGGGGAAUGGGAAGAGAGAGUGAGAGGUUAGUGACACACAAAAAACACACACUGCUAUCUAUGUACUACUAGUAUCUGACUGUGAUUUAAAUGAAUGUGUGUGCCCAGUGGUUCAGUUCUUUAUAACCUGCCAUAACAACAGCAACAACAAAAAAACUGUACCUCUUCCUUUCUUCUUCUCACUUCUCUAUGUUACGAAUCUCCGAUCAGAUCGAUCCGCAUCAUCGGGCUUGAUCGUUUGUUUGUUAAGUACCCCUUGUACUUCUUUUCAAUAUAAAAAAGAAAAUGAGUUGAGUUUGUUUGUUUGAGUGAAAGAUGAAUCCACUGUGCUGCAUUGCUCCGGUUUCGAUCGAUCGGGACAGGCCGAACCCUGUGGUGACGAAAUCGCCUGGUCAGUGUCAGUUAGGGCUAGAUUCAACAGUCAGGACGACGGUGAACUGCGCUUUCAGAUCGGUCUCCUCCGCUCAGGACUCGUCGCUCGCUGGCGGCGACUCCGUCAAAUCAUCAACCGCCCACGACGACAACGACGAGGAGCCUCGGGAUUCCAAGGUGUUUGCUGGUGGUGGAGGUAGUGUGGCGGGGAUACUGUACAAGUGGGUGAACUACGGCAAGGGGUGGAGGUCACGGUGGUUUGUGCUUGAAGAUGGUGUGCUUUCGUAUUACAAGAUUCAUGGGCCGGACAAGAUCUUGAUGAGCCCUGCUAAGGAUAGGGGUGUGAGGGUGAUCGGUGAGGAGUCGUCGAAGUUCGUGAAGAAGGCGAAUUGGAACCUCAAUCGGGGAGUCUCUGGAGUUGGAGGAGGAGGAUCCACCAAGCAAUGCAAGCCCUUUGGUGAGAUACAUUUGAAGGUUUCUUCAGUUCGUUCCAGCAAGUCAGAUGACAAGCGACUUUCUAUAUUUACUGGGACAAAAACCCUUCACUUGCGUUGCGUUUCUAGAGAAGACAGAGCCAUGUGGAUUGAGGCCUUGCAGUGUGCUAAAGAUCUUUUUCCUAGAGCUCUAACUAGUGGCGAUCUUGCAACUUCAGAAGAUAUUGUAGUUUCGACAGAGAAGCUCCGUUCGCGAUUAUCACAGGAAGGCAUUAAUGAAGCAAUCAUUAGUGACUGUGAGUCUAUUAUGCUCUCUGAAGUCUCUUAUCUUCAAGGCAAGUUUAAGUUUCUUCAGCAGAAACAUUUUAUGUUGCUGGACACCUUAAAACAACUGGAGACGGAGAAGAUAGAGUUGGAAACUACUGUAGUGGAUGAAACAAAGGAACGUGAGUCAUAUUGUGGACAAGUGAAUAGAAGGUUUAGUGAUUUUUAUUCUGUGUUGUCGGAGGGCAGUGCUACUGAUUCUGUAGCAGAUAAUGAAAGUCAAGAUGGAGCGGAUGCUGAAACAGAUGAUGAUGAUGGAGCAUAUUUUGACACAAACGAGAUUUUGUAUUCGGAUGCCUUGAGAAGUGCUUCCUAUCGAAGUCGGGAAGGUAUAGGAAAUGGCAGCAUAUAUGAUAGAGAUUAUAUUCUUUAUGAUGGUUUGCAUGGGUUUGAGAAAGAGAUCAAAGAUAUAAGUUAUCCUUUUGUUAAAAGAAGGGACAACUUGCCAGAGCCAAAAGAGAAAGAGAAGCCUAUGGGCUUGUGGUCAAUUAUUAAAGACAAUAUCGGAAAGGAUCUUUCUGGAGUUUGUCUCCCUGUUUAUUUUAAUGAACCGCUCUCUUCAUUGCAAAAGUGUUUCGAAGACCUAGAGUAUUCAAACCUGGUUGAUAGAGCAUUGGAGUGGGGAAAGCAGGGGAAUGAUUUGAUGCGAAUACUAAAUGUUGCAGCUUUUGCUGUGUCUAGCUAUGCGUCAACUGAAGGCAGGCAGUGUAAACCUUUCAAUCCUUUACUUGGGGAGACUUAUGAAGCCGACUAUCCAGAUAAAGGACUUAGGUUUUUUUCUGAGAAGGUCAGUCAUCAUCCAAUGAUAGUUGCUUGUCACUGUGAGGGAGGUGGAUGGAAGUUCUGGGCAGACUCUAAUUUGAAAGGAAAAUUCUGGGGCCGUUCUAUUCAGUUAGACCCUGUAGGUGUCCUCACCCUACAGUUCGAGGAUGGUGAAACAUUUCAGUGGAGCAAGGUCACCACUUCCAUAUACAAUAUCAUACUAGGUAAAAUAUAUUGUGACCACUAUGGUACCAUGCACAUCAAAGGCAGUGGCAACUACUCUUGCAAACUGAAGUUCAAAGAGCAAUCUAUCAUAGACCGGAAUCCACAUCAGGUCCAUGGGUUUGUUCAAGACAACAGAACCGGAGAGAAGGUAGCAAUGUUGAUUGGGAAGUGGGAUGAAGCGAUGUAUUAUGUACUUGGGGAUCCAACUACAAAGCCAAAAGGUUAUGAUCCAAUGACAGAAGCUGCAUUAUUGUGGGAAAGGGACAACUAUGUUUCCAAAACAAGAUAUAACCUCUCUCCUUUUGCGAUUUCGCUGAAUGAAAUAACGCCUGGUUUAUCAGAGAAGUUGCCUCCAACUGACUCAAGGUUGAGACCAGACCAAAGACAUUUAGAAAAUGGAGAGUAUGAAUUGGCAAAUGCAGAGAAACUGAGACUUGAACAGCUGCAGAGACAGGCAAGAAAGAUGCAAGAAAGAGGAUGGCAGCCCAGAUGGUUUAAAAAGGACGAGGAUGGUUGUUACCGAUAUAUGGGUGGCUAUUGGGAAGAAAGAGAAAAGAAUAAUUGGGAUGGAAUCCCUGAUAUCUUUGGACAGAGUUGUGAUUUGCCUUCGUGUUCUGAAGAGACUGUAUUUUAUUGAACUCUAGUUUUUCCCUCUUCACAGCCGUUAAAAAUCUCAUGUUUCUGCUAAAUGUGGAUCUGGACGUAGGUUGUAAGUUAUUAAAAGAUCCUUCUAAGUGUUUCGGUUCCUCAAA